CUACAUUAUAAAGUUAUGUAUUGUUUUGUACUUUCCAGGACAAUUUUGUUGAGUGUGAUAUCUCUCCUUAAUGAACCCAACACAUUUUCUCCUGCUAAUGUUGAUGCUUCAGUAAUGUAUAGACGUUGGAGGGAGUCUAGGGGAAAAGAUAAAGAAUAUGAAAACAUUGUCAGGAAACAGGUGACAGCAAGCAGAUCAGAAGCUGAAAAAGACAACGUCGUUGUGCCAACAACUAUAGAAGAAUACUGUAUUAGACAGAAACCAAGGCCCCAAGAGUCCGAAGCAGACAUGACAGAUUUCUAUGUUGACGAUUAUGGAGAUGAUCUGGAUGAAGAAGAAGAGGAGGAGUUUAACGAUGAUGAUGAAGAUUCAGGAAAUGAAGAAUCAUGAUGAUGCUCAUUGUAUUUUUUAGGCUCAUGUCAUUGUUUCUUCACCACAUCAAAAUCAACACAAAAGUUGUGUAUUUGAAGAUGGACACUUCUUUUCUUCAUUACACAUCAGAAUUGACACUAAAUUCGUCAAGUAAUCAGUAAACACUUUAUCUUCUGUGCUAAAAAUUGGUUUCAAAAUUGCAUUAAUUCAUUUGAUAAAUUAUCACAAACACCUAUAGAAUUUUCCUAGUUUCCACAUAUUGAACUAAGUUAAAUUUUUAUAUGUGAUCUUUUAAGAGUACCUAAAUUUUGACAGAACGUACUGUAUAUUUAAUAAUGUGAGAAACAAAAUACACUAUUAUGACAUAAGGUAUGUGUAAUCUUAGUGACAUUAUAGUGUAAACUAUUAUCUGUAUUUUACUCUCCUAAGCUUAAAUAUUUUUUUUUUUAGUUAAGGUUUGUUGCUUAAUGUAGAAAAGCGUACAAGUCCUAACUUAUAUAUUCUGCUAAUUUUAAAAAAUUAAAUAAUUAGUCGAGGUAAAGAAGGUUAUACUGGAUGUGAAGCCUUUUGCAUUUAUUUUAUUUUUCAUGUUAGCAGACAUCCAUGUUGUGUGAAAAGCGUUCUAUCUCUUUAUUCUUCUUCCUAUUUGGAAAUACUGUGCGUGUAGGUUAAAAUUUAAUGUUUUUGUUUGAAUUUCUUUGUGUGUGAAAUAAAAGAUGUAAAGUUGUUAUAAA